AUGGACACUUCCGCAGGGUCUGCCGCGCCGCCGUGCUACCGGAGCCCGUUCGCAGCCCGCCCGAGCCCGCGCCGAGCCAAAGCAGGCGGCAUGAGGCUCGAGCCGGUGCCCUUCUCCAUGCUGGUCAUCGGGGUCGCGUUCGCGUGCCACUCCCCGAGCCCGAGCUCGUUGCGGGAGCGCGCCCGCCACUCCGCCGUGGUGAUCGAGGGCCGCGUGCAGUCGGCGCCCCACAACGCGUCAGGCGCCGAGCCCUACCGGGUGGACGUCAAGGUGCUGGAUGUGUGGCCGCGGCACAGCGGCGGCCUGGAGCGCGAGCAGCUCGUCACCGUGCGCGAGCUGGGCCCGACGAGCGGGCCGUGCGCGCGCGUGCUCAACGACCACCGGUACAUCUUCUUCAUGGACCCCACCGACGAGCCCCUGGUGUUCAGGGCGUCGUACGCGCCCCUCGAAGCCAGCGGCAAGGAUCUGAAAAAAGACGUCGGGAAGAUCUUGUGUGAGGACUGCGGAGCUCCUACAAUAAAACCUUUGCGGAGCCCAAUGGUGGUGGCAGAAGGAGACCGGCUAACAGUGAAGUGUGAAGCUUCGGGUAAAUCUCCCCUGUCCUAUAAGUGGUACAAAGAUGGAAACGUUCUGAAUAAGAGCAAACAAGUCAGGAUCAGAGCCAAGAAGAAAAACUCCAAGAUCCAGAUUACUAGUGCUCGACUGGGGGACUCUGGGAAUUACAUGUGUGUAGUGGAGAACGACAGUGGGAGUAGCAACAGCACAAGCACCGUUCAUGUCCAAAGCAUAACCACAGAGUUACCUCCAGGCUCAGGCCAUGAAAGAAGAUGCAACGAGACAGAGAAGGGAUACUGCGUGAACAAUGGCGAGUGUUACUUCAUCCAUGGUAUAAAUCAGCUCUCCUGCAAGUGUCCAAAUGACUUUACUGGUGAUCGCUGUCAAACCUACGUUAUGGCCAGUUUCUACCAGUCUCUUGGGAUUGAAUUUAUGGAGGCAGAGGAGCUCUAUCAGAAGAGAGUCCUGACAAUCACAGGCAUCUGCGUGGCUCUGUUGGUGGUGGGCAUCGUGUGCGUGGUGGCCUACUGCAAAACCAACCUCCCCCCUAGGAAACAGAGGAAGAAGAUGCACAAUCACCUGAGGCAGAACAUGUGUCUGGAUCACCCUAAUCGCAGCCUGGCCAACGGGCCCAAUCACCCAGGCCCUGGCCCUGAGGAAAUCCCCAUGGUGGAUUAUAUUUCAAAGAACGUCCCAGCCACAGAGAGAGUCAUGAGAAGCGGCGCGGAUACGCCAUUUGCCGGCAGCCAUCAUUCUUCCAGAUCCCACAAUUCCUCCACCCAGGUCCACUCCUCCACACACAGACAUGAUGAGAAGACAUGGAGUCUCGAGCGGACAGACAGCGUGCUGUCAGACUGUCCCUCAGGCGUGCUCUCGUCCUCUGUGGGCACCAGUAAGUGCAGCAGUCCGGCGUGUAUGGAGGCACGAGCGCGUCGUGCCGGCCACUGCAGCUUCCCGGACUCCCGCCGGCCACCGCUGCGCUACGGCGACUCCUUCGACUCGCUCGACUCACCACACAGCGACAGGUACGUGUCAGCCCUGACCACGCCAGCACGCUUGUCUCCAGUGGACUUCCAUUACUCACUGCCUCCACAGGUGCCUACCUUCCAGAUCACGUCUCCCAACGCCAGCCAUGCCAUGUCUCUGCCGCCAGCCGCCCGCUCCCCCUACCCACCCGAGGAGGACCAGCCGCUGCUUCGCUGCUACCAGCUGCCUCUGCACGAGGCCCAGCGCCACGAGCCCUACAAGCAGCGGAUACAACAGCAGCGGCCGCGCUCCUACCUGCAGGACAGCGCAGGCAGCUUGCCCUCCAGUCCGUACCGGCUGGCCCAGGACGACGACGAGUACGAGAGCACGCAGGAGUACCCGCCCUCACUGGAGCAACCAAAGAGAAGCAAUGGACGCUGGCAUAGGUCCAGACUGAACGGGCACGUGGCACCGCAGGGCUACCGGCCGCCCCGGGACUUGGGCUCACGCAGCUGCUUGUCGGACAGUGAGCCGGAAGAGGGCGAGGAGGGCGAGAGCACGCCCUUCCUCAGCAUGCAGAACAUAAACACACCCGAGCCCUCAGCCAUCUACAGGCCUGUGCUGCCCACACACACACGGACUUCCCACACACAGAGCAGACACACGCAGCAGCAGCAGCAGCAGCACGCGCGCUCCAAACCGGACAGAGCUGCCCACUAGAGACACAGUCCACCUACCCACCUGCAAAAUCUGUAUAUCUAUAGACCUGCACCUAUAAAAAAUAUUUUUUAUUUUAUAUAACUAACAGAUAUUCUAAACAAAUGAAAUAUUUAUUUUCAUUUUAGCAAAAAAAGUUGUCUACUAGUUAACAGCAAAGACUUUUUUUAUAGGGAAAACUCUAUUUAUAUGUACAUUUUGAUUUACAGCAUAAAAGAGACGUGCCAAUUUUUUCACAACUUAAAGAAAUAGAAUAAUAUUGUGGUGCCUUUUGCUGUAUGCCGAUGCCAGAGGGCCAGUGGAGUUUUUGUAGCCUUUCUUAUAAGGACGCCUCAUUUUUUAUACGCACUCUUUCGUUGUCUCUAUUUUGGCCUUUUUGUUUUCCUUAUCCUUGUGUUCUUUUGGGAGCUGACCCCACCAUUUGAGCAGUGACAUUUCCUUCCCCCUUUCACACUCAUGCAAUAUAAACCGCUCUUAAGGUGUAUGUUUACAAGAAUAUAAUUCACAUGUUUAAUAAUUAUGUUGCUUUCCUAACAGGAACCUAAUGGCAAAUGCAACUGGGAUAGGGGCUUUUCUUUUUCUUUCCUUUUUUUUUUUCCCAAUGAAAUGAAAGGAAUGUAUGUGGUGUGCAUUCAGAUGUCCAGCUGAUGAGUGUGUGUGUAGAUGUGCUCCACACCAGUGUAAAGUGCGUGAACAGGAGGGAGAUGUCUAAUUUUCCAGACUAGUGUCCAUUCGUUUCUUCUUCUUCAUCUUCUUCUUCUCACUUCUCACUACUGAAUCAAGGGUCACAGGCUUGUUAUGAUCCGAGAGACAGAAACUCAUUCAUCUGUAGCAGUUGUGGAGCUUUCGUUCGACGGCUUAGUCAUCAGAGAGCCUCCGCACUCCUGUCCUCUCUUCCCAAACAGACCUGUUCCACUCUCUCUCAUUCUGUCCAUCCUGUCCUUCUAGUGAGGCUGAUAUAGAGACGUUUAACGAGUCUAUUGAUGAUUUUUUUUUUCUUUAAGGUAGAACAGAACAUCACACGUUUCUUCCAUUAAGAGGAACAUGAAAAAUAGGAGAAUAUCGCUCACGAGGUCUUUUAUUUUAUUUAUUUACCUUUUUUUUUUCAAGAACGAAAGAGUGAGAGGUGAACAGCCACGUAGUGUCUCAGGACAACCCCUCGUUUCCCCUCCUUCCUCCCUCCAUCACAGGACUGAAGUAAAAGGAGAGCCCUCACAAGGCUUAUGAAUGUAUAAGCUCCCUCUUCCAUCCCCAUACAUGCUGGGAAUCUCAUCAUCUCACACACACACACACACACACACACCUACACACACAAGACAAAUAGCUGUGAAACUUCCUUGGGGCCAUAAAAAUAUGCCAAAAUAUGCAAGCUUUAUAUUUUACCGUUUGUUUUCUGAACGAACCAUAGUGCAUUGUGUGAAAACUGUGACACCUGAUUUGAUUUUAGAGCGCUUGAGUUGAUCUCCCCUUAGUUUUAAUCGAUCAGAACACCAAACCAUGACACAUGACAACCACCUUUGAGUCCAAACAAGACCAAACCAGACCGUUCUAGUUCAGGGCUUCCAUAACUUCGAUCAUCUUGUCGAAGUUCCUGAACACGUACUCAAAUUAUUCAAAAUUGGCCUUGAUGUCUCUGGAAAGUUAAUACGAAGAUUCCGAUGUCAACACAUUAUUGGCAUAGACAAUUCAGGAAAUCCAAAAAACACACACACACACACACAAAAAAAAGGGAGGAAUGUUAAUGACGAAAAAGAAGUUGCGAUUAGAUAAGCAAAGGGGGAAAAACGAUGUAAAAACUGGAUCCUAAAGUGCUUCUCUUGCUCUGUUGUGGUGGCACAAAGAACUAGAGAUACUACUAAAAUAAUAAAUAUAUAUAUAUAAAAUUAUUAAUAUAAUAUAAUUUUUUUUUUCCUGCACUUCGAUGACCAGAGUUUGUCUUUUGUUUAUUCCCUGCCCUGGUGUGUUGUUCUUGUUUGUAUGUUUGAGAAAUGCAAAACCAGACAGUGCUUCUCUAGUUAGUUUUAAAUGUGAUAUCCCUUUCCUCUUCCUCAUCCUCCUCCUCCUCCUCCUUAUCCAGAAAUCCUCACUAGACUCCGACAGUUACGUUCCUACCGUUUCUUCCCUUUUGCAUUUUUUUUUCCUCCCUUGAGAAGUUUAAACACCUCUCCUCUGCAUGUCCUUGUGGUCAAGGUUAAAUGGGUGCAUGGUAAAAAAAAAAAAAAAAGCAGCAGAUGAUUUUUAUUUCCCUCCAAGUCAGUGAAAGUGUAUUUCAUUUAAUAUUCAGCAAUAAAAAGAAGAGAGAAUCUUUCUCCCCCAUGUCAAUUCUUGGAAUAUGCUAGAAAAAAAAAAAGAGAAAUACAUGCCAGGUUGUCUUAGAUUGUAAAAUAAAAAAUUUAAUCCACGUCUUCACAUUGAAAAAAAAAAUAUAUCAAAAAAAUAAAUCCUUCGUAUCAUUUCAACUUGUGCGCAUGUAUGUGCAACCCUGCUGUGUGUGAUUUGUCCAUGCGAUGCGUUUUUUUUUUUCCAGUGGAUCACCAGUGUAUCAUCAGUGUCCAGGAAAAAUGAGACUAUGGUAGCUUUAUUAUUUCUAAUAAAUACUGUUUUGUAAUCCAACCCUCACCUCCAGUACAGUGCUCACGAGUACACCAAUUUCAUAAUCGUAUUUCGUUCAAAGCUCGUUUCUUUCCCUUGGAUAAAUGGGAUAGAGGACAGGUACACUGAAUGGAGAGUUAAGGAAAUCCAGAUUAAUCAUUAGCAUGUGAAAGAGAUUUACGUUUCAUUUAUCAACAUUUUAAUGACCGCAAGAGAGUGUGUGGGAGAUCCAGACAGAUUGCGGUGGAAACAGACGCCGGGAGGUCAGAAAGUGUGUACAAGGGAGGCUAUGUAGCUCCAGCUGCGCACAUCUGAGCUGUGGAGUCAAAGAGACAAUUCUUCCUGUCUUUAGAGACACUUUGCCAAAUCAUUCAUCUGGCUCCUAUCAUUGGUAACACUUUCCUUUUCCCUCAGUGAUUAACCUGAUCAGCCUUCAGGUUUUUCUUUUUCUUUUUCUUUUUCAUCCUCUUUGGACAAUCCCGACAAGCCUAAACACGAAACAGAUGGCUAAUGUUCCCAGCUGCCAAAGAAAGAGUUUAAACAAACUGGUUUUGAAGUUAUUGAGAGGAAUAUGAUAUACAACAUGGCCAUAUAAUUAGAAUUUUUCCAUGAUGAAUUAUUGGCCUGGUUACAUAUUCUGUCAUCAACCUGGAAGCAUCAUUUAACAAUUCAUCAGUGGAAAUGACAUUUUCUCAUGCAGAAGCAAGUUAUCAAUGUUUUAAAGUAAAAGUGACUGCUAAUGCACUGUAGACAUCACGUCUAGUGCUGAAAUUAAGUUCAGUUUAAUCAUCCCAAAAUUGCUAUUAUUAUUAGGGAUGGGAGGUUUUUUUCUUUUCUUCUUUUUCUUUUAAUAUGAUUGGGUUUUAUUGUUCUUGGGUUUUUUCCCUUUUCUUCCCAUUUCACUUUCCACUUUCUCCAAGAUUGGGACUUUGCAACUUAAUGGCCAUAUUAUAUACAGGCAUGGGUUGCCCAAGGGCCCAAAAGUGCCAACCUGGCUCAAACACCCAACCCUCCAAUCAGCAACCCAGAGCCUCAGCCAUCUGAGCCUGAGAGAAAUAUAAAACAAAAUAUUUUAUUUACAGACUACAUAAACAUGCUGUGCAUAUUCUGAAACAAUGCCUUAUCAUGACAUAAUUCUAACUUAUAUUCAAUUUAAUUCAAUUUAAUUACUAUUUAAUAUAAUUUAAUGAAUAACAUAUUGCACCUAUAGAUAUCCAAAAAGUAUAUGCACUAUUUCUUUUAUGUGCUUGUAUUUUUAUGAUAACAAAAGUUGGUUUGGGAGCAU